AAAAGUUUCGCGUACGGGAAAAUUGGCGUGCUAAAAAGUGUGGAUAAAGUGUAUUUUUCAUUCUAAAAGUAACAUUAAUUUCUAGUGCAAAAAGUGCUAAAUCGAAUGCUGUACGCAGAAUCUGCUGUCCGUCGUGGAAUUGAUUGGUGUGUCCAGGCAGCAGAGUGAGCAAGUUUUCGCAGGCUAAACGGGAAGAGUAGGCAACCAAAAUGAGUGACAUAGUCUACCCGCCGGGCUGUCGGCCUAUAAACGAAGAUCUCGGGCCGGACGAAUUGAUCCGGCGGCUAAAGACGUUGACGCAUACGUUACAGGCCAUGGGCCAGGACGAGGGCAUGUACACGCAGUACAUUCCGCUGGCGGUCCACCUGGCGGACGACUAUUUCCUGCAGCAUCCGUCGAAGGAUGUGCAACUGCUGAUCGCCUGCUGCAUUGCCGACGUGCUGCGUGUGUACGCUCCGGAGGCUCCCUACAAGGACCAGGAGCAGAUCAAAGGCAUCUUUUUGUUCCUCAUCAAGCAACUGAACGGACUGAAGGAUCCCAAGGAUCCGGCUUUCAAGCGCUACUUCUAUCUGUUGGAAAAUUUAGCCUACGUUAAAUCCUUCAAUAUGUGUUUCGAACUUGAAGACUGCCAGGAGAUUUUUUGCACUCUCUUCAGCUUGAUGUUUAAGAUUGUUAAUGACGAACACAGUAGCAAGGUGAAGUCUUUUAUGCUGGACGUAUUAUGUCCACUGAUAACGGAGUCGGACUCUGUUUCGUAUGACUUACUGGAUUUGGUAUUUAUUAAUAUCGUGGAACCACUGCGAUCGCAGAAGAAAAAUGCUUAUCAUUUGGCCAAAGACUUGAUAGUGAAAACGAGCGACACUCUAGAAUCUUACACGCAGGCUUUCUUCAAUCAGAUACUGAUUUUGGACAAAUACGAAAAGCAGUACCAGAUUAUGCCGAAAAUCUACGACGUCAUCUACGAGCUGAACGUGAUCAGUCCAAGCAUCCUGCUUUCGGUACUGCCUCAACUGGAAUGUAAGCUUAAAUCGGCACAGGAAAGCGAACGACUGAAAGCGGUCUCGUUGCUGGCGCGUAUGUUCUCCGAGAAGGACUCCAACAUGGCCAAGCAGUACGGUCCUCUGUGGCGUCAUUUCUUGGGCCGAUUCUACGACAUAGCCGUUCCUAUUCGUAUUAAAUGUGUUCAAAGCACAAUGCACUUUCUGCUCAAUCAUCCGCCGCUAAGAAAGGAUAUCAUUGAUAUUUUAAAGGUACGUCAGCACGACUCGGACGAAACGGUUCGCUACGAAGUUGUAAUGGCAAUUGUGGAGACCGCCAAGCGGGACUUUCAGAUUGUGUCCGAAUCGGAAGAUUUGCUCGAGUUUGUGAAGGAACGCACGCUGGACAAGAAGUACAAGAUUCGCAAGGAAGCGAUGAACGGUCUAGCGAUGAUCUACAAAAAGUAUCUCAGCGAUAGCAACGUUCCGGAAGCAACCAAGAAAGCCGUCAACUGGAUUAAGGACAAAAUUUUACAUGGCUACUAUAUGACCGGGAUCGAGGAUAGACUGCUGGUGGAGCGUCUGCUAAUCACCUGUCUAGUUCCGUAUCAGCUACCCGCAGAGGACCGAAUGAAGAAACUGUAUCAACUGCUGGGAACAAUAGACGAGAAUGCUACGAAGGCUUUUAUCGAGCUGCAAAAGAAUCAGCUGAAAGUGAGACGGAGCGUAGCCGAGUGGAUCAAGCUGCACCGAAUUAAGGAGAUUACACCGAGCAUUCAGAAGGACAUGAACGCCAAAUGUACUAAUAUAGCCAAACAACUUCCUGAUCCGGUUAAAGCACAGGAGUUUCUUCUCAAAUUUAGCGCACAGAUGCGCAAGGACGCAAAGUUGAUCAAUGAAAUGGAGACCAUUUUAAAGCGUGACGUAACUUGCAGGGAAUGUGCCGAUACAAUGGCAAUUGUUUUGAAAAAACUGGGUCCUCCAAUCACUACGAACACGUACUACAAUACGGUUAAGAUGCUGCUGGAGCGAAUCGCUUCCGUCAUGGUAGACAAACAAUCGAUCGGUAUACUGAUCGAAUUGAUACAGGAAUGUAUGAACGGUUCGGAGGUGAUAGAUGAGGUCAGUCUACCAUCGGAAUCGGCAGGUGAACGGGGCUUGAAGUUGCUCACCGUGUUGGCGUACGUAUUUUCCGCCCACUUUCAGCACGACGAGAUUCUACGACACAUGAUUGGUUUGCUGAAUUUCGACGAAGAAUACGUAGCCCCGUACGUACUGAAGGCCUUCACCUAUUUGGGUCGUUAUAAACCACUGGUUGAGUCUCACAUAGAAAUCGCAAAAGAGCUUGCUCCGAUUUGCAAAGAGUUCGCGGUGGCCGGUACGCCGAAGCAGGCUAAACAUGCCAUCAGAUGCAUGUACGUGAACAGCCAAAUCAACGACCCCAACGUCGAUCCCAGCAUAGACAUUUUCCCGGAAAUUGUAGAAUCCUUCAAACUCACCCUCAAUCCAGAGAACGAACACUAUCGGACCGCCAUCGUCAGUCUCGGCCACAUUGCGUACAACCUGCCGGAAAAAUUCCACGUACAAAUCAAAAACAUAAUCUCUCGCAAGAUAGUCAAGGAGCUGCUGGUAAAGGAAACCACCGAAGGUCGAACCGACGUACCGACCGCGGACUGGUGCGACGAGGACGAACUGCCGGAGGAAACUCGCUGCAAGGUCGAGGGCCUAAAGACGAUGGCCCGCUGGCUGCUGGGGCUGAAGAAGGACGUCCUGUCGGCACAGAAAACGUUCCGCAUGCUGAAUGCGUUCAUCAGCAAGAAGGGAGAUUUGCUGGAACAGGGAACCCUUUCCUCGGCGGAGAAAUCCUGGCUGCGGCUGUCGGCCGGCAAGGCAAUGCUCAAGAUAUGCGAACAGAAAGGCGUCGGCGAUCAGUUCAUCGUCGAGCAGUUCUACAACCUGUCGCAGCUGAUGUGCGAUCCGGUGAUAGAAGUUCGUGACACUUUCGUAAAGAAACUCCACAAGGGCCUGAACAAGGGAAUUCCUCACAAGUGUCUUCCACUGGACUUCAUGGGUUACUACGUACUGUGCGGGCGGGAAACUGACAGAAGAUUACAACAGCAAGUCAAGUCGAACAUAGAAACCGAUGUUAAUCGGCGACGGGAAUAUGUGAAAACAUUUGCCACCGUGGAACGUGCAAUGAGCCAACUGCCGCACAUUCUGCCCGACUACAUGUUGGUCUUCGCCGUACCAGUAUUGACACAUGACCCUCGAUUCACUCGACACACCGAUCCGGUCCAGCUGCGACAGAUCGAACGCUGCCUGUGGUUGAUUCUCGAGCCGCUGGUCACCAACAAGGAAUUCUUUUGCUAUGGCUUCUACAAAAAUCUGAUCGAGCGAAUGAAGAACCACAAAGACGCCCUGAAGCCCGACGACGAGGACAUAAAUUGUAAAUUGUGGGCCAUUUGCGACAUUGCACUGGGGCUGAUCCUCACCAAGGUGACCACUUUCGACGCGCGGGAAUUCCCGGUGGACGCUCGAAUUCCCUCGAUGUACUUCCAGGCACAGUCGGAAAACUUUCACAAUGCUCGGAUGUACAUUCCGGAGGACAUGUACAACCUGACCGGCUCGUGUUCGACGAGUUCGAAAAAGAAUUUGCUGGCGCUAAACGAUCGGAAGAAGGCGGCUUCCAGCUCGAAAUCAGCUCAACACCACGACGGCAACGGUGAAGGUAACGAUAACACUGGAAAUGAAUCCGCCGCAGAGGAUGACGAGCCACCGGCGAAAAAGAUGCACAGUAGUAGUAACGAGGACGACUAAUUGUAGUGCAGAUUAGCCCGCUAGCCCGAGGCAUAGGGUUAAGAAUUUUUUUUAGCUGUUAGUGACUUAUAUGUAUAUCUUAUAGUAAUUAAGAAGAAAGUUGAUCUUUUUCUAAAAAAGUAAUUGAAAAUAGUGGAUAGUUUUAUCUUUUUCGCAUUACGCAAAGUUUAAAUCUUCAUGAGAGCGAUUGGGAAACAAAAAGAUUACACUUCCUACGAUGUUAAGUUAUUAUUUAUGCACUAACGCCGAUGCGCGACCAGUCUGCCGGUGCCGUGCAACUUAUCGAACUGGCGCAGUUCAGUUAGGAAUAUGAUUUAUUGUGCACACCGUUUAGGUUUAUGCUGAACAUAACAUUCAUCGAAUUUCUUUUCCUGAUUGUCACGAACGUGAAGUUCAUGGAACGUGAUAAGGAUGUGACUAUUACUAGGCGAACCACGAUUCAAAU